AUGUCUCAGAGUUCUCCCUCAAAGAAAUCUUCUCCCUCCUCUGAAACAGCAUCAGGAUCUAGGGCACCCAAUGUGGUGAGUGAUCAAGAUGUUGUGUUGGAUGUUGUGCCAUUGAACUCUGUUCCUUCUACCGAUCCUGUUAGUAAUCCACCAAGAAAGAUGCAUGCAAGAAAAUCAACUGGUGGAUCUGUUCCAGAAACUUUUUCUGUUCAAGGUAGAGAGGGCUCUGCUUAUGUUCACAAUGCGAUCGCAGAUAUUGUCACAAGAAUCUUGAAUGAAGGGCACCAGGUUGAUGGAAUAUCUGUUCCUCUAGCCCAAAUUCCUGCCUCUGAGAACAGCAAAGAUGAUCAAGAUGGUCAAGAUGAUGCUAGCAAAGAUCAGGGUGAUAUUGAGACAUCUGUUGACAACAAUGAUGAGAAGACCCCUGGUGCCAAAGAUGUUGAGACAUCUGAAGCUAUCAAUGUUGAAACAUCUGGUACUAAAGAUGAUGAGAUUCUUGAACCUGAGAAAGCUGAAGAGGUUCCUGUUGCUCCUUCUAAAGAAACCCUUAAUGAAGGCCCUACUGUGCAUGAUGUGGUGAAUCUGGAUGAUCUGGAUGAUUCUAUUGACAUUGCUGAUGAUGAGCUCAUCUCUAGCAUCUCUCAUAGAGUCAAGACUCGUAAGGGCAAACAGGUUUGUGAUCAAGAUUUUUCUAAACCUCAAGCUACUCCUCAAGUUACUCCUCAAAAGAAGGUCACUAUAAAGAAGAUCAAGAAGGUCCCUGCUGAACCUUCAACCACUGGAAGCAAGACUGCAGUGAAGAAGAGGAAAGAAAGAAGUGUUUCUGCCCCUGAAGAUGAUGUCUUAAGUGAUGUAAUCAUUGGUGGUAAGGUUAAGAAGUGGCCCAUAAAGAGCAAACUGUCUGCUAGUUCUCUUAAUGUCAGGUAUGCAUUGCUGCACAAAAUUGGUGCUGCUAACUGGGUGCCUACCAAUCACACUUCUACCAUUGCUGUUGGCCUAGGAAGAUUCAUAUAUGCUGUGGGAACCAAGACAAAAUUUGACUAUGGGACUUACAUAUUUGAUCAAACUAUGAGGCAUGUUGGUACCUCUGUUACCAAGCUUCCCAUUGCUUUCCCAUCUCUGAUAUGUGGGAUAAUCCUCAAGCAACACCCUGGAAUUCUGAAAAGUAAAGAUUCUGUAUGUAAGAGGGAGAGUGCUUUGUCUUUUCACUACAAGCUGCUUCAGAGGUCUGAUGACAUGACAUCUGCUGGGACAUCACAACCCAGCAAGUCUGUGAACAAAUCCCUUCUUAUUGCUGAGCUGAAAGAGACUUGUCAAGAGUUGGACAACAGGAAGCUGAAACUUGAAAAGCUCAUCCAAAGUCUUGAGCAGUCUACAGAUGAUGACCUUGCUGGUGAGAGGGAUGGUGACAAUAUGGAUGAAGACAAAGGUGCUGAGGAAGAGGCUGAGGAAGAGACUGAGGAUGCUGAAGCUGAGGGUGCUGAAAGUGGGAGUAGUGAUGCUGCUGAAGAGACUAGUAGUUCAAGUGAUGACAAUCCUGGUGGCUCUAGUGAUGAAGACAGUGAUGGGUCUGAUGAUUAG